AUGUCAAGUAUUGAUGAUUUGUUCAAGAAGCCAGCUUUACCCAGCCAUAAGCGCAAAUUAGAACCUACUCGAGAUCCUAAUGAAAUCUAUAAAUCCGCGAAAUUAUCCGCGAACGGCCAUGCGAAAAGCAAUGGCAAACAACCGGCAGUAGAAGAGGAUGAUGAUACAGAAGCUGGACCUUCCCCUCCGCCUGAUGACGACGAAGAAGACUAUGGACCAGAUAUUCCGGACGAUGAAGAGGGUCGAUUUUUCGGUGGUGGUAUCACGAAAGAUGAAUCUGAAAUAUUAGAUUAUAUGGAUGGACAAGAAAGCGCGGAGAUCGUUCCUGAGAAAAUCGACUCGGCCUGGUUACGGAAAAUGGCCCUGAAUUUUGAGAAGAAGAUCACGAAGAACGCGGAAUUGAGAGCUAAAUUUGAAAGCGAUCCGCAAAAGUUUAUGGGGAGCGAAGCGGACCUAGAUGCAGAUAUCAAAGCUCUAAGUAUUCUAUCAGAACAUCCUGAAUUAUAUGGAGAAUUUGCGAAGCUAGGUUGUGUUGGAAGCUUGGUUGGGUUGCUGGCGCACGAAAACACAGAUAUUGCGAUUGAUGCCGUGGAGAUCAUCAGCGAACUUACUGACGAAGACGUGGAGGCCGAACAAGAACAGUGGAAUCAAAUCGUGGAUGCUAUGAUUGAGGCAGAUUUAUUAGAUCUGUUGGUCUCGAAUUUUGCGAGGUUCAAUGAAACCAAUGAAUCGGAUAGGAGUGGUGUAUAUCAUGCAUUGUCUGUGUUGGAAAAUUUGGCGUCGAGAAUAACGCUUGCGGAGAAGAUUGGCCAGGAGACAAACAUACUGAAUUGGUUACUGAAUCGAAUACCGAAAAAAGAGUCGCCGGUGAGCCAGAACAAGCAAUACUCGGCAGAAGUCAUGGCAAUUCUCCUUCAAUCAUCUUCACUGAAUCGACGGAAACUUUGCGAACUAGACGGUGUUGAUCUCCUACUUCAAAUAUUGGCAGCUUACAGAAAACGCGAUCCUAUCAAAGGAACUGAGGAAGAAGAAUUCGUAGAAAACGUGUUCGACUCCUUGACCUGCUGUGUUGAUGAGCCGGAAGGAAAACAAAAAUUUGUUGAAGCAGAAGGUGUCGAACUUUGUUUGAUUAUGGUCAAAGAGGGCAAAAUGAGUAAAUCACGCGCACUUAGACUAUUAGACCAUGCAUUGGGAGGACAAUCUGGCGCAGAAGUUUGUGAAAAACUGGUAGAGGCGGCGGGUCUUAAGGUAGUAUUCGGAAUGUUUAUGAAGAAAAUCGACGGUCAAACCAUCGAGCAUUUACUAGGGAUAUUCUCAAGUCUACUGCGUCUACUGCCUGCCAAUCAAGCCGGUCGGAUUCGUACGCUUGCCAAAUUUGUAGAGAAAGACUAUGAAAAGAUAGGCAAGCUUGUGAAACUUCGUCGAGACUAUGCAGCACGUGUAUCGGCUGUAGAUACGGAAAUCCGGAAAGAACAAACGAGACUUGGCGCGGAGGAGAGAGAAGAGAUGGCAGACGAAUGGUUGUCGAGAAGGAUGGACGCGGGAUUGUUUUGUCUGCAGACUGUUGAUGUUAUUUUGGCAUGGUUAGUGGCGGAGGAUGCAGGAGCAGAAAAGAAGAUUCGGGAAUUGUUGGCGGAGAGAGAUGAGGGGUUGGAUUUAUUGAGGGAGACGAUACAAGAGCAAUUGGAUACCCUGGUAGGAGGAGAUGAAGAGGGAGAUGGUGAGGAGAAAUUGAUGAAGGAUAUGCUGGGAACGUUGGUGGAAUUUUUGACUUGA